CCGUAGUUCAAGAUGGUGUCUAUGCGCCGUAUUUUGUAGCUUUCCAGCUACAGUAAUCAUAAUAUGAGAAAUUAUAUCAGUGAUUUUUUAACGUUGAGAGGUUAAGGAGUUUAUUUUUCUUUGUUUCUCGUCAAUCUGUAUGGGAUUUGCAUAUAGUUAUUUGAUUAAAAUAGAGGUUAUUUGCUAGAAAUCUGUCUAACUUAAACAUCUAACGUUAGCUAGCUAGCAAUCGGUUAAGUGGUUGGAAUGUUCAUAAACGUUCUAUUAAUUUGGAGAUCGAUAUGACGUUGAGAGAGUUAAAAGUUUGUCUUCUUGGGGUAAGACAACAAUCUUAUUUGUAUUCAUCUAACUAUGUAUUAUCUGUUCAUUCAGAUUGGAGUAUUUCAAGUGACAGAAGCCACAGCAAUGCAGCAUACUGGCUAAAAGUUUUGUGCACCGUACUAGCUAAUGUUUAGCUGACUAAACUCCCCUCCAUGGUUAAGGACGUUUCUGAUGAACUCCACCAACGGAGUGGAGCAGAGACCAGUUCAUCAGAAACUUCCUUCACCAUGGAGUGGAGUUUAGUCAGCGAGCUAAUAUUGAAAUGACAUGACUUUGACCCUGACUGAAGGCUUUACUUUUAUCAUGUUCAAGUAGAAGUCUAUUUUACCCCCCUUUUUCUCCCCAAUUUCGUCAUAUCCAAUUACGAUCUUUUCUCAUCGCUGCAACUCCCUAACGGGCUCAGGAGAGGCGAAGGUCGAGUCAUGCAUCCUCCGAAACAUUACCCGCCAAACCACGCUCCUAAACAUCCGCCCGCUUUAACCGGAAGCCAGCCGCACCAAUGUGUCGAAGGAAACACUGUUCAACUGAUGACCGAAGUCAGUCUGCAGUCGCCCGGCCCACCACAAGGAGUUGCUAGAGCGCGAUGAGUCAAGUAAAGCCCCCCCGGCCAAACCCGCCCCUAACCCGGACGACGCUGGGCCAAUUGUGCGCCGCCCUAUGGGACGGCCGGUUGUGACACAGCCUGGGAUCGAACCCGGGUCUGUAGUGACGCCUCAAUACCGCUGCGCAACUCGGGAGGCCGUCAUUAACUAUUUAAAGGAAUUCUGUGUCAAAUAUGAACUCCGAACCUGAACCCAAUACCACACUGACCAAUAUGUGUACAGUUGCACCUCUUUUUCAAGUCACAUUGAUACACAUUACAUUUUGAAUGUAUUGCACAAGUGUUGCGCAAUAUUUGCAACAUAGUAGCAGGAAUACUUCUUCUUGAACCAGUGGGGUUUUCUCUUCACAUAAUGAUGUCAUCCUGAUGAUGAUUAAUGGUCUGUGUGGCCUUAGCAGUAACCAAGUAUGGAUGGAUUCUUGGAUGAAUUCUAACAUUCACUAAACUCCUUUCUCUUGUGAUUCUUCAGGACACUGGGGUUGGAAAGUCAAGCAUUGUUUGGAGGUUUGUGGAGGACAACUUUGACCCCAACAUUAAUCCAACUAUUGGGUAAGUUAUAGUUCUUCACCCACUGUAAAUAUCCUGGAAGAAUUAUUGCCUAACCUACAAGGUCCAACCGAAAUUUGACUUACACUUUUAAACCCAACCGCUCCGAAAAAUACACACAUACAGUACAUGCAUAGGUUUUUGGAGAGGUGAGAGGGGCUGCCACACUGGGCGCCCAGGGAGCUGUUGUUGUGGGGAGUUAAGUGCCUUGCUUAAGGGUACAACGGCAGGCAAUGGCAUCUAGGAUUUGAUUCCAGUAACCCUCCGGUUGCCAGCUCACUUCCCGCCAGAUUUUUUCCGUCGGAUCCAGGAUUCGAACUGGCAACCCUCCGGUUGCUGACUUGCCUCUCUAACCUGCCACCCCUUACUGCACUGCCUGCCGAUGCUUUGAGAAAUACAUUUAGAAAAUGUAUGCACAGAUUGGGAUUUGUUGGGGGUUGGUGUAUGUGGAGGGGGAGGUGUUCUGUUCAUGUUACAUUCUCAGUAAUGUCAUCCCGGUCUAAUUAAUUUAUAGCCUGGCCUCAAAUCGGUUUCUGCUAUCAUGUCAAGUCAUGACAACGAGUGUCAAAGAGUUGACAUGAUCGCACAAACAGAUCUGGGACCAGGCUAAUCAAUGUAUCACUUUUUUUUUUGUGAUGGAUUAAAGGGGUGAGCCUUAUUGUACGCUCAACAAAAAUAUAAACGGAACAUGCAACAAUUUCAAAAGAUUUUACUGAGUUACAGUUCAUAUAAGGAAAUCAGUAAAUUUAAAUAAAUGAGGCCCUAAUCUAUGGAUUACACAUGACUGGGAAUACAGAUAUGCAUCUGUUGGUCACAGAUACCUUUAGGGCGUGGAUCAGAAAACCAGUCAGUAUCUGGUGUGACCACCAUUUGCCUCAUGCAGCACGACACAUCUCCUUCGCAUAGAGUUGAUCAGGCUGUUGAUUGUGGCCUGUGGAAUGUUGUCCCACUCCUCUUCAAUGGCUGUGCGAAGUUGCUGGAUAUUGGUAGGAACUGGAACACGCUGUCGUACACGUCGAUCCAGAGCAUCCCAAACAUGUUCAAUGGGUGACAUGUCUGGUGAGUAUGCAGGCCAUGGAAGAACUGGGACAUUUUCAGCUUCCAGGAAUUGUGUACAGAUCCUUGCAACAUGGGGCCGUGCAUUAUCAUGCUGAAACAUGAGGUGAUGGUGGCGGAUGAAUGGCACGACAAUGGGCCUCAGGAUCUCGCCACGUUAUCUCUGGGCAUUAAAAUUGCCAUCGAUAAAAUGCAAUUGUGUUCGUUGUCUGUAGCUUAUGCCUGCCCAUACCAUAACCCCACCGCCACCAUGGGGUACUCCGUUCACAACGUUGACUUAACAAACCGCUUGCCAACACGACUGUCUGCCAUCUGCCGGUACAGUUGAAACCAGGAUUUAUCCGUGAAGACUUCUCCAGCAUGCUAGUGGCCAUCGAAGGGGAGCAUUUUCCCACUGACGAUGCCAAACUGCAGUCAGGUCAAGACCCUGGUGCGGACGAUGAGCACGCAGAUGAGCUUCCCUGAGAAGGUUUCUGACAUUUUGGGCAGAACUUCUUCGGUUGUGCAAACCCACAGUUUCAUCAGCUGUCCAGGUGGCAGCUCUGGUGGACAUGGUGGCAGUCAGCCUGCCAAUUGCAUGCUCCCUCAACUUGAUAUCUGUGGCGUUGUGUGACAGGACUGCACACUUUAGAGUGGCCUUUUAAUGUCCCCAGCACAAGGUGCACCCGUGUAAUGAUCAUGCUGUUUAAUCAGCUUCUUGAUAUGCCACACCUGUCAGGUGGAUGGAUUAUCUUGGCGAACGAGAAAUGCUCACUAACAGGGAUGUAAACAAAUUUGUGCACAAAAUUAGAAAGAAAUACGAUAUAUGUGAACUUUUAUUUCAGCUCAUGAAACAUGGCACCAACACUUUACAUGUUGCGCUUAUAUUUUUGUUCAGUGUAAUAAACUAGUGGUUCCCAACUCCGGUCCUCCAGUACCCCCAACAGUACAAAAGUGUUAUGUAGCCCCGGACAAGCACACCUGAGUCAACUUGGCAACUUAUCAUCAGGCCUCUGAAUUGAAUCAAGUACUGUAUGUUUGUCCGGGGCUACAACAAAAAUGUGUGCUGUUUGGGGUACUGGAAGACCGGAGUUGGGAACCACUGUAUUAAACCAGGUUAACAUUAUCUUGAAAUGUGACUCACAUUGUAUGGUUAUUUUUGUUUUCCAGGGCAUCCUUCAUGACAAAGACGGUGCAGUAUCAAAAUGAGCUUCACAAAUUCCUCAUCUGGGACACGGCAGGGCAAGAGAGAGUUAGUAAUCAUCUCUCUCUUUUACCUUUUAAAAUAUCUUUGCUCCAGAUGAAGUGGUCCCUGUUAGACAUAGGCCUUGUUUGAGUAAAAAUGCAUCCUUCCUUCCUCACUCACUUCAAUGAGGUAGCCUAAUUACUGAUCUCACAUGAUAGGUGAAAUCAACAUAUUGGAAGUAUUGCUGUCACUGACCUAUCCAAGCAGGUUCGAUCAGAGAAGGAAGGAAGAAAACAUGUCUAAGGAAUUUGAACAGGGCCGUGGAGGUCUAAGUUGGAGGCACACACUUGCAAGUGCAGUAAUUCAUUGUGCCUGAUAGGGGGCAAUAUUUAGCUUACAUUUAGCUGCCCCCACCAAAACAUCCCCAGCUCGCUCAUGCCUGCAGUCAUUUCGUAAGGCCCUUCCUUUCCUGUAGUUGAGUAGUAGGUUAUGCUAUCAUGGUUCGUGCAUUCUCAAGAUCACUACUGUCUGUUUAGUCUAGUAGAUUAAAUACAUAUGCCUGUCAUGUUCUAGAAACUUCUCUUUCCUUUCUCACUCUCUUCCACAACAAACUUUCACUCUCAGCUAUUAGUGAUGGGGGAAAAAAUCGAUGCACUUUCAUAUUACCAUAUUAUUUUGGGACUAAAUUAUAUAGAUAUUUGACUCCAGGUAUCGAUUUGUAAGGUAGCGUUAGCUAGCGCUAGUCAGCUGUACCUCUGCCAAAACGCUGAUAUUUUCAUCCUCUAGCUUGUUCUCCAUCUUCUUUUUAAAUAGUGAGCCAGCAUGUUUUCAUCACUUUUAUUUCCUUGACUGAUCAAAUCUAAUUUUCUCAUGGCUUUCUCUUGUCUCUCUGCAGCAGACAUAUAGUGAGCAAUAUGUUUGGACAUCAAAUUGCAAUAUCGAAUUGCAAUACAUAUAGAAUCGUGAGAAUCGCAAUACAUAUCGUAUCGGCACCUAAGUAUCAAGAUGAUACCGGAUCCUGAGGUCCCUGGUAAUUUCCAGCUCUAUCAGCUAUACAGUGGGGGAAAAAAGUAUUUAGUCAGCCACCAAUUGUGCAAGUUCUCCCACUUAAAAAGAUGAGAGAGGCCUGUAAUUUUCAUCAUAGGUACAUGUCAACUAUGACAGACAAAAUGAGAAAAAAAAAUCCAGAAAAUCACAUUGUAGGAUUUUUUAUGAAUUUAUUUGCAAAUUAUGGUGGAAAAUAAGUAUUUGGUCAAUAACAAAAGUUUCUCAAUACUUUGUUAUAUACCCUUUGUUGGCAAUGACACAGGUCAAACAUUUUCUGUAAGUCUUCACAAGGUUUUCACACACUGUUGCUGGUAUUUUGGCCCAUUCCUCCAUGCAGAUCUCCUCUAGAGCAGUGAUGUUUUGGGGCUGUCGCUGGGCAACACGGACUUUCAACUCCCUCCAAAGAUUUUCUAUGGGGUUGAGAUCUGGAGACUGGCUAGGCCACUCCAGGACCUUGAAAUGCUUCUUACGAAGCCACUCCUUCGUUGCCCGGGCGGUGUGUUUGGGAUCAUUGUCAUGCUGAAAGACCCAGCCACGUUUCAUCUUCAAUGCCCUUGCUGAUGGAAGGAGGUUUUCACUUAAAAAUUCACGAUACAUGGCCCCAUUCAUUCUUUCCUUUACACGGAUCAGUCGUCCUGGUCCCUUUGCAGAAAAACAGCCCCAAAGCAUGAUGUUUCCACCCCCAUGCUUCACAGUAGGUAUGGUGUUCUUUGGAUGCAACUCAGCAUUCUUUGUCCUCCAAACACGACGAGUUGAGUUUUUACCAAAAAGUUCUAUUUUGGUUUCAUCUGACCAUAUGACAUUCUCCCAAUCCUCUUCUGGAUCAUCCAAAUGCACUCUAGCACACUUCAGACGGGCCUGGACAUGUACUGGCUUAAGCAGGGGGACACGUCUGGCGCAGCAGGAUUUGAGUCCCUGGCGGCGUAGUGUGUUACUGAUGGUAGGCUUUGUUACUUUGGUCCCAGCUCUCUGCAGGUCAUUCACUAGGUCCCCCCGUGUGGUUCUGGGAUUUUUGCUCACCGUUCUUGUGAUCAUUUUGACCCCACGGGGUGAGAUCUUGCGUGGAGCCUCAGAUCGAGGGAGAUUAUCAGUGGUCUUGUAUGUCUUCCAUUUCCUAAUAAUUGCUCCCACAGUUGAUUUCUUCAAACCAAGCUGCUUACCUAUUGCAGAUUCAGUCUUCCCAGCCUGUUGCAGGUCUACAAUUUUGUUUCUGGUGUCCUUUGACAGCUCUUUGGUCUUGGCCAUAGUGGAGUUUGGAGUGUGACUGUUUGAGGUUGUGGACAGGUGUCUUUUAUACUGAUAACAAGUUCAAACAGGUGCCAUUAAUACAGGUAACGAGUGGAGGACAGAGGAGCCUCUUAAAGAAGAAGUUACAGGUCUGUGAGAGCCAGAAAUCUUGCUUGUUUGUAGGUGACCAAAUAGUUAUUUUCCACCAUAAUUUGCAAAUAAAUUCAUAAAAAAUCCUACAAUGUGAUUUUCUGGAUUUUGUUUUCUAAAUUUGUCUGUCAUAGUUGACGUGUACCUAUGAUGAAAAUUACAGGCCUCUCUCAUAUUUUUAAGUGGGAGAACUUGCACAAUUGGUGGCUGACUAAAUACUUUUUUUCCCCACUGUAUGUGCUGCGUCAAUGGAGCGCAGUCCACAUUAUGCUAAAGCUUAUCUUCUAUGUGCAUCGUCUGUUGAACUGUCAAGACGAGUGGUUCAUCAGCAGUCAUAACGUGAGAGUCGAAAGUCUAGGGGCCACUCGCAACAUGAUCUGCUGUGAUGUUUGUCUGCGACAAAUCAUCUGCUGUGAUGCUAAAUCUGGAAUGCCUUGUAGCCCGCACAGACAGACCGCACGACUGAAAUAGAUUAUCUUUCAAAACAUACACUAUAUGAGUAAUAGAACACGGUCUAGAAACAUAUCAUGCAUUUAUACUAAUAAAACACUCCAACUCUGUUGUAUACAGAUCUGGAACCAGGCUAAUACACAACACGCCUGGUUCCAGAUGGGUUUGUGCCAUAUAGCCAACUUUCUCUGGUCGUUGUCAUAACAAACAUCCCAUUUGGCAUGCCAUUUACGGUCUAUUUCCUGUUAGUACAAUGGCCUCUUCCCCUGCUAGUACAAUGGACUAUUCCCCUGCUAGUACAAUGGACUAUUCCCCUGCUAGUACAAUGGACUAUUCCCCUGCUAGUACAAUGGCCUCUUCCCCUGCUAGUACAAUAGUCUAUUCCCCUGCUAGUACAAUGGACUAUUCCCCUGUCUUGUCCUCUGGAGAGGGGUGGUGAGAUAAAACAGUGUUUGUCUUCUGUUCUGAGCUUGUCCGGGGGCGUGGCCUUAAGGGAAAAUCAAUUAAGCUUUGAUUAAGAUAAGACAGACAGAUUAAAUCCGAGCUGCCUCUGCCUGCUCCCCGGUUCCAACUCGUCCACUGCCACUCUCCUCCUCUUUCUCUCUCUAUCUCUGGAUAGGUAUAUUCAGGGUAGUGGUGAAGCCCACACCAUAUUGCUUAGGUUACAGAUCUAUAGAUCUAGGGCCAAAAGGAAGGGGUAGGGAACGAUUUGGGACUCUAUCUCUCACAUACUCACUCACGCCGUCUCUCCCAGUCUACCUAGAGUUAGACAGCUGUGAGCGAGAAUAUGGAAACAUUUCUGGUGGCGGGCUGUUGUUCUCCUUCAUUGUAAGCUGCAGCCGCUGUGUUUCGAAGCUGAUCGCCUCUGGAGAAGUCGUGGGCAUCAGAACCAGUUGGUGUAAUUAACAGUAUUGGAGUUCGGUUGAGAGAUUUGGUAGAAGCAGAUGGAAUGAGAGAGCUGUGGUUAGGCUACUACACAAUCUCUGAUGGCCUGGAGGGUACAUCUUCCUGGCCAGAGACCUCCCAUCUCACCAUGCUGCUGCACAGAGAAGAAGCUGGGUUCCCCCUCGCUGUCUCCAUUCACUGGCAUGGACGGGCACCUUUUCAUUGGGUGCCAGGCUCAUAAUUUCAGUAAUUAAUCUGCACACGCUUAGCAAAAUAAGGGGUGCUUUUUAUACAGCUCCAGUGUGGCCAGAUGUCUGGGCCUGUAUCCAGAAAGCCUCUCGGAGUAGGAGUGCUGAUUUAGGAUCAAUUUCACCUUUUUAGAUCAUAAUGAGUAACAUUAUAUGGACAAGUUGGGACCUGACCUAGAUCAGCACUCCUCCUCUGAGAGGAUGUGGAUACGGGCCCUGGUCUUCGCUGCGAAAUGCUCUCUGGGCACACUAUGGAAGGGGACCACACAAGACUGGCUCUACUGCAUCUAGCUACACAUCGCUAGCCAGUCAGACAGGCAGCAUCCCUUUCCGCCGUCUGCCAAGUAUCCCACGUUGGACUCCCUCCGGUAGUCUCGGGGCCAGUAACAACUAUAAUUGCAAGGAAUGUGUGCUUUUCCUGAGGUAACCAUGUCAUUCCAAGCUGGGAUAGUUUAUUCCUUUUUAUCGUAAAGGAAAAUGAGAAUUGGCCCAGGUUGUGCCAAGUCAACGUUUGACUGGGAUCACUCAAAUCAAAUCAAAUCAAAUUGUAUUUGUCACAUGCGCCGAAUACAACAGGGGGAGGACUGCCUACCUGUGAUCUCCUUAUUUUAGGAUUGUUAUUGAAGAGGAAGUGUGUGUGUAUGUGCACAUGUGAGCACACAGUCCUGGUCAUGUGGAUUGUUGAAAUGCAUGCUGAAACUAAUCACAAGUUGGCUCUUUUCUGAUUCACUUUACAGUGAAAUGCUUACUUAUAAGCCCUUAACCAACAAUGCAAUUUUAAGAAGGAAUACCAACAAAAAAAAAAAGGACAAAAAAAUAUGAAAUAACAAAAUAAUAAGAAAUAAAAGAAACAAAUAAUUAAAGCAGCAGUAAAAUAACAGUAGCGAAGCUUUAUACAGGGGGUACCGGUACCGAGUCAAUGUAUGGGGGCACCGGUUAGUCGAGGUAAUAUGUACAUGUAGGUAGAGUUAAAGUGACUAUGCAUAGAUAAUAAAUAGAGAAUAACAGCAGCGUAAAAGGGGGAGGGGGGGGGAACACAAUGCAAAUAGUCCGGGUAGGUUUUGAUUAGAUGUUCAGGAGUCUUGUGGCUUGGGGUUAGAAGCUGUUUAGAAGCCUCUUGGACCUAGACUUGGCGCUCCGGUACCGCUUGCCGUGCGGUAGCAGAGAGAACAGUGUAUGACUAGGGUGGCUGGAGUCUUUGAGAAUUUCUAGGGCCUUCCUCUGACACCCCCUGGAAUAGAGGUCCUGUGAUGAACUGGGCCGUACGCACUACCCUCUGUAGUGCCUUGCGGUCGGAGGCCAAGCAGUUGCCAUACCAGGCAGUGAUGCAACCAGUCAGGAUGCUCUCGAUGGUGCAGCUGUAGAACUUUUUGAGGAUCUGAGGACCCAUGCCAAAUCUUUUCAGUCUCCUUAGGGGGAAUAGGUUUUGUUGUGCCCUCUUUACGACUGUCUUGGUGUGCUUGGACCAUGUUAGUUUGUUGGUGAUGUGGACACCAAGGAAUUUGAAGCUCUCAACCUGCUCCACUACAGCCCUGUCUAUGAGAAUGGGGGCGUCCUCUUCUUUUUCCUGUAGUCCACAAUCAUCUCCUUUGUCUUGAUCACGUUGAGGGAGAGGUUGUUGUCCUGGCACCACACGGCCAGGUCUCUGACCUCCUCCCUAUAGGCUGUCUUGUCGGUGAUCAGGCCUACCACUGUUAUGUCAUCGGCAAACUUAAUGAUGGUGUUGGAGUCGUGCCUGGCCAUGCAGUCAUGAGUGAACAGGGAGUACAGGAGGGGACUGAGCACGCACCCCUGAGGGGCCCCCGUGUUGAGGAUCAGGGUGACGGAUGUGUUGUUACCUACCCUUACCACCUGGGGGCGGCCCGUCAGGAAGUCCAGGAUCCAGUUGCAGAGGGAGGUGUUUAGUCCCAGGAUCCUUAGCUUAGUGAUGAGCUUUGAGGGCACUAUGGUGUUGAAUGCUGAGCUGUAGUCAAUGAAUAGCAUUCUCACAUAGGUGUUCCUUUUGUCCAGGUGUGAAAGGGCAGUGUGGAGUGCAAUUGAGAUUGCAUCAUCUGUGGAUCUGUUGGGGCAGUAUGCAAAUUGGAGUGGGUCUAGGCUUUCUGGGAUAAUGGUGUUGAUGUGAGCAAUGACCAGCCUUUCAAAGCACUUCAUGGCUACAGACGUGAGUGCUACGGGUCGGUAGUCAUUUAGGCAGGUUACCUUAGUGUUCUUGGGCACAGGGACUAUGGUGGUCUGCUUGAAACAUGUUGGUAUUACAGACUCAGACAGGGAGAGGUUGAAAAUGUCGGUGAAGACACUUGCCAGUUGGUCAGCGCAUGCUCGGAGUACACAUCCUGGUAAUCCGGCCUUGUGAAUGUUGACCUGUUUAAAGUUCUUACUCACAUUGGCUACGGAGAGCGUGAUGACACAGUCGUCCGGAACAGCUGAUGCUCUCAUGCAUGUUUCAGUGUUACUUGCCUCGAAGCGAGCAUAGAAGUAAUUUAGCUCGUCUGGUAGGCUUGUGUCGCUGGGCAGCUCGCGGCUGGGCAGCUCGCGGCUGUGCUUCCCUUUGGAGUCUGUAAUAGUUUGCAAGCCAUGCCACAUCCGACGAGCGUCGGAGCUGGUGUAGUACGAUUCGAUCUUAGUCCUGUAUUGACUCUUUGCCUGUUUGAUGGUUUUUCGGAGGGCUUAGCGGGAUUUAUUAUAAGCUUCCGGGUUAGAGUCCCGCUCCUUGAAAGCGGCAGCUCCACCAUUUAGCUCAGUGCGGAUGUAGCCUGUAAUCCAUGGCUUCUGGUUGGGGUAUGUACGUACAGUCACAGUGGGGACUGGGGACGACAUCAUCGAUGCACUUAUUGAUGAAGCCAGUGACUGAUGUGGUGUACUCUUCAAUGCCAUGGGAAGAAUCCCGGAACAUAUUCCAGUCUGUGCUAGCAAAACAGUCCUGUAGCUUAGCAUCUGCUUCAUCUGACCACUUUUUUAUUGACCGAGUCACUGGUGCUUCCUGCUUUAGUUUUUGCUUCUAAGCAGGAAUCAGGAGGAUAGAAUUAUGGUCAUUUGCCAAAUGGAGGGCGAGGGAGAGCUUUGUUCACAUCUCUGUGUGUGGAGUAAAGGUGGUCUAGAGUUUUUUUUCCCUCUGGUUGCACAUUUAACAUGCUGGUAGAAAUGAGGUAAAACAGAUUUUAGUUUCCCUGCAUUAAAGUCCCCGGCCACUCGGAGCGCCGCCUCUGGAUGAGCGUUUUCCUGUUUGCUUAUGGCCGUAUACAGUUAAUUGAGUGCAGUCUUAGUGCCAGCAUCGGUUUGUGGUGGUAAAUAGACAGCUACGAAGAAUAUAGAUGAAAACUCUCUUGGUAGAUAGUGUGGUCGACAGCUUAUCAUGACAUACUCUACCUCAGGCGAGCAAAACCUCGGGACUUCCUUAGAUAUCGUGCACCAGCUGUUGUUUACAAAUAUACAUAGACCGCCACCCCUUGUCUUACCAGAGGCUGCUGUUCUAUCCUGCCGAUACAGUGUACAACCCGCCAGCUGUAUGUUAUCCAUGUCGUCGUUCAGCCACGACUCGGUGAAACAUAAGAUAUCACAGUUUUUAAUGUCUCGUUGGUAGGAUAUACGUGCUUGUAGUUCGUCCACUUUAUUAUCAAGCGAUUGUACAUUGGCCAAUAGUAUCGAUGGCAAAGGCAGAUUAGCCACUCGUCGCCGGCUCCUUACCAAGCACCCCGAUCUCCUUCCGCGAUAUCUCCUUUUCUUUCUACUGCGAAUGACAGGGAUGAGGGCCCUGUCGGGUGUCUGGAGCAAAUCCCUCUCGUCCGACUCAUUAAAGAAAAAUUAUAGGUCAAGUUCAAGGUGAGUAAUCGCUGUUCUGAUGUCCAGAAGCUCUUUUCGGUCAUAAGAGACGGUAGCAGCAACAUUAUGUACAAAAUAAGUUACAAUCAAAAUAGUACAGUUGUUUAAGAGUCCAUAAAACGGCAGCCAUCCCCUCUGGCGACAUUUUCAACUCCUGUUUGUUGUAAAGCUAAUCUCUUUAUUUCAUUAGUUAAUACAUUACACCCGUAUUAUUCUGUUCAUGUUUAAAUAUGCUAAUUAUGUUAGAAGAAUUGUGUGGAAGAUUAUCCUAAGAUGUAGGAAGAGCUAUCCUAAAUGGUAGCCUAACUUAUGACAGGUGUGUUCCCUUCCACUUGUCUCUGUUGCAGCUUUCAGUAGAUGGUCUGAAUGCCAUUCAUUGUUACUUCUCAGUAUACAUGAUUACGAUCAUACCAAAUUAAACAUACGCUGCAUGCAUUUUCAACAAUAUCAAAAUAUUAGAGUUCACCUAAUUUGAAAGAGUGAGUCUGAAAUUGAUUAUGAAUUAAGAUACUUUGUGCCGGUAAUUUAGGCUAUAGCAUGCACACAUCUCCUAUCCCUUUAAGCUUGACAACAGGUUAAAAACAGUCAUCACCAAGACCUUUUGUACUUACCCAUCCAGUGUAAGGAAAGGUCUGAAAAAUGCAUUUGAUUUAGAGUUCUAUGAAAACAGGCACUUGCUAAUUGCGCUGGCAUUUUCAAGCCAGAACUCAUAAGCUUUUGGAAAAUAUAGAGCACAGGUAAACAUCAGGCAACUCCCCCCCCAACAAUGGAAUGGGAAAUGAUGUAGCCUCAGCUUGUUUUUAUUAUGCAGGGUUUCCUGAUCUACUGGGUGAAGACCAAAUAUAUAGUUCUCCAUUAAUAUGAAAUGGCUAACUGCUUUUGACACCUUGUGCUCAUCUUUCUCCUGAUGGCUACCACAUGUGAGUCCUCGGAGGAAAGGCUUACCAUACUUCCGUGUAACAAAAAGCCACUUGGCAUAUAGGCUUGGAACAGAAGGCCUUUUGGGGUUUUAAAAAGGUCCUUCGUUUCUCUUUGCUUAGUUUUACCCCUCCAUUUUGAGUUGAUGUUUUAUCUCAAAGACCCUUUCAGGUGAAACAAAGUGAAGUAAGUUAUGUAACGGUGACGAAAUGUAACCGUAUACGGCUUAAUAAAGAUUGGGUAGUUUGUGACUGUAAUGUUUUGGAAAUGGGUGGUAGAACGGAUUGCAAUGCUAUUUUGGUAGCCUUUGAUUUUCUCAUGGAUGUCGUCCUAUAUAAACAAUUGCGAGCGAUCUAGAUACACAAUCCUCGAAGAUGAGCCAAAAAAUUUCUAACAUUUUCUUUGAAGUAUAUAAUCUCUUAGGAUAAGUCAUGUACUCUUACUUUAAUUAUGAUCUACAGUAACACAAACGCAUACAUGACCCUUGACCUCACCAUAACAGUGCAACCGGUUUGGCUGUUGAAAGCUUUAGAAAACCAACUAUCUUCUCUGUCCAGAGGGACAGCCUCUUUAUUUGAAGAACGAUUACAGUCCAUUACUCACCGUGCUCUUUCUCCGCUUCUCUCUGCUUUCCCAUAGUUCCGUGCGUUGGCGCCAAUGUACUACAGAGGCUCUGCGGCAGCCAUCAUUGUUUAUGACAUCACUAAAGAGGUAAAGUAUUCCCUCGUUUCCCUCUGGUAACAUGCUGUUUCAUUUACGUCAUUUUUAUUUUAUCCAGAGCGACUUACAAAUAUGACAUUUGUUUAGUUUUUUUUUUUUCUCAAAUGAUUAAAAAGACACUGCACCACUCUUUUCCAUAUACUUCCUAUGAUGUCAUCACGGGUCAUUUGCUAAAUAUUUAAGUGAUUUUCAAAAGCUAUGAGUUUCGGCUCACAGAAACUCCUUCGAAAUGACAGAUUUAUUUUCAAGAUGACCCCCGAUAAACCCUUUCUUCUUAUAUUUUUGACUACAGAAAAAAAAAAAGCUCUAAAUAGAUUGACCUUAGCUAAACUCAGGUAUCCAUGCCCAGAAUGCUGCUGUCAACUGUAUGCAACUAUGGGGGCCCACUGGUCACUUUGAGUCAAAUGUAGGCAUGUCCAGUAAACAUCUGAUACUGUCCACUCUCGCAUUUCAUGUGGAGAGAGGCACACCCAUUUGUCUGCAUAUCUCGUUUACAUCUCCUAUGUUUCAUGAAUGUUUAAACCACACACUCCCACACAGUCAUGCGUUGCAUUACAUUUUCUCAAACUCUGGCAUCUUACAAUAUAAGAUGUUUACUAUGCCUAUAUACUGUAUACUGUAAAGUUGAGUAAGAAUGGCUCGAACCGUGUUUCUCAGGACUCGUUCCAGACGUUGAAGAACUGGGUGAAGGAGCUUCGUCAGCAUGGCCCGCCCAACAUCGUGGUAGCCAUCGCUGGCAACAAGUGUGACCUGUCCGAUGCCAGGUAAAUACAUCCCUCAAGUCCCCCAGGAAGACAUGGGUUGUUUCCCCAAAUGGCACCCUAUUCCAUAUAUAGUGCACUACUUUUGACCAGGGUCCAGGUCUAAAGUAGUGCACUAUAUAAGAAAUAGGGUGUCAUUUGGGACUUAGCUAUUGGCUUAUUGUUACAAGUCAGCAGGACGGCUGCCGUACAGUCAUUUUACCAGACGAAUUGCUGAAUUGUUGACACGAGAUUUGCUUGUGCUACAUUUUCGAAAGAAAAUGUAAAGGACUCGUCCACGCUUUGUUUGGCAAGGGACAUCAACGGCCGAGCCAAGCGUGUAUCUUGAAACCUUCGGCUCCAACAAUGUGAACGUACCCCCUAGAGUCGAUUUCCGCACCCCUGCAAAAAAUAGAAUUAGCAUAAUAAAAAAUCCCCAUAAAAAUCAGUCAGUUUAAGCUACAGAUAUGUUAUUUUGCAUUGGAUACGUCUCAAUCCACCGCAUCCGCCAAUGUCACACUUCCUCCUCUGCAGUGAAAGGUGACAAAGCUAGAGCGAUGUUUGUCAGACCAUGAGACCUCCCUGGAAAUCGGUCUUCUCACAAACUCGUCUCUAGUGUCCGAACAGUUUGGCCUACAAAAACUAUUAUGACCCGUCUAUGGAAAGAUGAGACCCACGAACAAGAUGGUGUUCUCCGUUUUGCUCUACGACCCCCACAAGUGUCUUGGGACUCGUCUGAAGUCGGUACAGCCGAUCUGCCAACUUCUGCCUGUAGCGUCCGAACAGUUUGGGCUACACACUAAUAUGGUGAGAAUCUCACGAACACUCUCACGAACACAGGCCUCACAAGACUCGUCUGAAGGUCCCCCGUUACCAGUUGAAAAAAAUGAAUGGAAGUAGGUAUGGAGACUGUGGAGACUGUUAGUGACAAAAAUAAGGGGUUAAAUACAUGUAAAAAAAAAUAUAUAUGUUUCCUGAUCUUUCUUAUAUCUCUCAUUCUUAUAACUUCCAUUCGAUAUUUGGGGGGAACUAUCUGUUUUUUUCCCCUCAUCAAUCUACACACACUACCCCAUAAUGACAAAGCAAAAACAGGUUUUUAGAAAUGUUUGCAAAUGUAAAACAUUUUUUAAACUGAUAAGUAUUCAGACCCUUUACUCAGUACUUUGUUGAAGCAACGAUUACAGCCUCGAGUCUUCUUGGGUAUGACGCUACAAACUUGGCACACCUGUAUUUGGGGAGUUUCUCCCAUUCUUCUCUGCAGAUCCUCUCAAGCUCUGUCAGGUUGGAUGGGGAGCGUCGCUGCACAGCUAUUUUCAGGUCUCUCCAGAGAUGUUUGAUCAGGUUCAUGUCCGGGCUCUGGCUGGGCCACUCAAGGACAUUCAUAGACUUCCCUCCCAAAGCCACUCCUGCGUUGUCUUGGCUGUGUGCUUAGGGUCGUUGUCCUGUUGGAAGGUGAACCUUUGCCCCAGUCUGAGGUCCUGAGCACUCUGGAGCACGUUUUCAUCAAGGAUCUCUCUGUACUUUGCUCUGUUCAUCUUUGCCUCGAUCCUGACUAGUCUCCCAGUCCCUGCAGCUGAAAAACAUCCCCACAGCAUGAUGCUGCCACCACGCUUCACCGUAGGGAUGGUGCCUGGUUUCCUCCAGACGUGACGCUUGGCAUUCAGGCCAAAGAGUUCAAUCUUGGUUUCAUCAGACCAGAGAAUCUUGUUUCUCAUGGUUUGAGAGUCCUUUAGAUGCCUUUUGGCAAACUCCAAGCGGGCUGUCAUGUGCCUUUUACUGAGGAGUGGCUUCCGUCUGGCCACUCUACCAUAAAGGCCUGAUUGUUGGAGUGCUGCAGAGAUGGUUGUCCUUCUGGAAGGUUCUACAAUCUCCACAGAGGAUCUCUGGAGCUCUGUCAGAGUGACCAUUGGGUUCUUGGUCACCUCCCUGACCAAGGCCCUUCUCCCCUGAUUGCUCAGUUUGGCCGGGCAGCCAGCCAGUCUUGGUGGUUCCAAACUUCUUCCAUUUAUGAAUGAUGCAGGCCACUGUGUUCGUGGGCACCUCCAAUGCUGCAGACAUUUUUUGGUACCCUUCCCCAGAUCUGUGCCUGGACACAAUCCUGUCUCGGAGCUCUACGGACAAUUCCUUCGACCUCAUGGCUUGGUUUUUGUUCUGAAAUGCACUGUCAACUGUGGGACCUUAUAUAGACAGGUGUGUCUUUCCAAAUCAUGUCCAAUCAAUUGAAUUGACCACAGAUGGACUCCAAUCAAGUUGUAGAAUCAUCUCAAGGAUGAUCAAUGGAAACAGGAUGCAUCUGAGCUCAAUUUUGAGUCUCAUAGCAAAGGGUCUGAAUACUUAUGUAAAUAAGGUAUCUGUUUUCUAUUUGUAAUACAUUUGCUACAAUUUCUAAAAACCUGUUUUCACUUUGCUAUUAUGGGGUAUUGUGUGUAGAUUGAGGAGGAAAUUGUUUCAUUUAAUCCAUUUUAAAAUAAGGCUGUAACUUGUAGAACAAAAUGUGGAAAAGGUCAAGGGGUCUGAAUACUUUCCGAAUGCACUGUAUAUUUUUUAGAUACUUCAAGGGGUCUUAAAAUUCUAAAUCAAGUAGCUAAAUUAUCCUUGGUAUGAUCUUCUUUUUUUUAAAUGCACAUAGCUUAGUAGAACCCCCCCCCCCCCCCAUUCUCCGGCUUAGACAGGGCUUAGUCUGUUAUGGGCUAAGAUUUGAACACACCCGUGUCUUUAUAGGGAGGUCUCGGAGAAGGAUGCCAAGGACUACGCUGACUCCAUCCACGCCAUCUUUGUGGAGACCAGCGCCAAGAACGCCAUUAACAUCAAUGAGGUCUUUAUAGAGAUAAGUAAGUGUGUUUUUUCACGAGCUUUCAGUGGCAUCCCAUCUUUUGGGCCCAAUUAAUGCUUUGUGGGUUACCACGUUUAUUACGAGUGGUGUACAAUGGCUGAAGUUUAUUUAGGUGUACCAAGCAAUAUUGUGUGAGCUUCUACUGCCGUUCCUAUUUAACCAAUGUUUUCUGGGUGUAACGUUGUUUUUUGUCCCCCUUGCACAUUUUGUUCCCGCCUGCAGGUCAACGGAUCCCUGUCCUAGAUGCAGGGGGAGGGGCUGCAGGGAAUGGCUUCAAACUGCGCCAGCGGCCCUCGGAGACCCGGACCCGGACCUGCUGCUGA